AUAAUUAGAGCAGCAGCCUGUCCUGAGUGCUCCACCAGCCACAGGGAGCACAGCUGGAUCUGCCAACCCUAUGCACAGGACUCGGAGAGGCUGCUCUGGCCUUGAAAAUUACCCUUCUUAAAAGGAUUUUCCUCCUUCCUCAAGGGAAAGAAAACCCACUGAUACAAAACCCCAUUUGCCUUCCGGCUUCCCCUGUGACUGCCUCUCCAGCAGAGACAGAGCGUUGAUAAAUACAGGAGAAAGAAAAAAAAUCAAUUCGGUCCUCUGCAGCAGCCGAUGCGCGCCCAGCCACCUCCGGCAGUCUGCCUGCUCACAACCAAGGGACGCGGGUGCAGCACGUGCUGACUCAGCCCGUGCCGGCAAGCUUGCGUGAUCUUAGCCUGACCAGGGAUUGAACCUGUGCCCUCGGCAGUGAAAAAGCAGAGUCCACCAGACCACCAGGGAGUCCCCUCUUUAAUUUACUUCAGAUUGGGGGUAUCAGAGUUCUUAUUCAAAGCCAGAAGAAAUUUGGAAGCUAUGGGUAGGACACGGAGGCCUCCGCCAGAGCAGCACAGACACUGCGAGAGAUGCUUCAGCCGUGACUGCCACAUGCCCGUGGAGCCCAGUGUCUCUUGCCCGGUGAUAAACUGCCACCUGUCCUGCGGUGCUACCUUCCACAUGUGCAAAGAGGCUGAGCACGAGCUACUCUGCCCUUUAGAGCAGGUUCCAUGCCUCAACUCCGAAUACGGCUGCCCCCUCUUCAUGUCCCGCCACAAGCUGGCCAAGCACCUGCAAGUGUGUCCUGCCAGCGUGGUGUGCUGCUCCAUGGAGUGGAACCGCUGGCCAAACGUGGACUCUGAAACAACGCUUCAUGAGAACAUCAUGAAAGAGACCCCCGAUGAGGAGUGCUUGGACACAGCCCUGGCCCUUCAGGACCAGAAGGUCCUUUUUAGGUCUCUGAAAAUGGUAGAGCUUUUCCCAGAAACUAGAGAACCCAUGGAAGAGGAACCUCCUGUGAAUGGUGAAGCCAGCUGGGAGGAAAUGGGUGGAGCGGUGGGUGGGGAGGAUGCUGGUUUGGAAACAGGCUGCUCUCUGUCAGCCAUGAAUGGGGAGGUGGUAGAGCUAAGUCAAGAAGAACGAGAGGCGUUAGCCAAAACCAAAGAAGGGAUGGACCUGGCCAAGUUUGACAAGUGGGAAAAUAUGUUCAGCAAAGAGCAUGCGGCCUCAGCUUUAACAAGCUCGUCAGCCAGCACUGACAGCAAGAGCAGGAACAGCCCAGAGAAAGAACAGAUUUCCAGCAGCAAUAGAACGGUAGAGGAGGGAGCUGCCAAAGGAAAAGAGCCACAGGAAGACCAGAAGCAGCAGGACUUUCAUACAGCCAUAGAAAAGACAGGACUUGCCCCUUGGCAGGAUGGUGUUCUGGAAAGACUGAAAACAGCUGUGGAUGCAAAGGACUAUAAUAUGUACCUGGUGCACAAUGGGAGGAUGCUUAUUCACUUUGGUCAGAUGCCUGCUUGUACACCCAAAGAGAGAGACUUUGUUUACGGCAACCUGGAGGCUCAGGAGGUGAAGACUGUUUACACUUUCAAAGUUCCGGUGAGCUACUGUGGGAAGCGGGCUCGCCUAGGUGAUGCCAUGAGUUGUAGGCCAAGUGAGCACAAGGCCGUCGAUACUUCAGAUUUAGGGAUCACUGUGGAGGACCUGCCCAAGUCAGAUCUCAUUAAGACCACCCUCUUGUGUGCUUUGGAAAGAGAACUCAAAGGUCAUGUCAUCUCCGAGUCCAGGAGCAUUGACGGGCUAUUCAUGGAUUUUGCUACACAGACAUACAGUUUUGAGCCAGAACAGUUUUCUUCUGGGACGGUGCUGGCUGACCUCCUAACCACUGCCAACCCAAACAGCAACGCAGAUGGGCUCCACGUGGAGCUCCACAGUGAGUGUGUGACCAGGAGGCACAACAAGAGCAGCUCUGCCUUUACUUUCACCUGCAACAAAUUCUUCAGGAGGGAUGAAUUUCCCGUACAUUUCAAGAAUGUUCACACAGACAUUCAGUCAUGUCUCAAUGGCUGGUUCCAACACCGAUGCCCUUUGGCCUACUUGGGAUGUACCUUUAUUCAAAACCAUUUCCGUCCCCCAGGGCAAAAGGCAAAAGUGAUCUACAGUCAGGAGCUCAAGACCUUUGCCAUCAAGCCAGAGGUUGCUUCAGAGCUGAGUGAGGGAAGGAAGAACAACCAUUUCUCAGGCCGAGAAGGAAAAAACCAGAAUUCUCUAACCAGCCUGCCCCUGGAAAUCCUGCAGUACAUUGCUGGGUUCCUAGACAGCAUUAGCCUGUCCCAGCUCUCCCAGGUGUCCGUGCUGAUGAGGAGUAUCUGUGCCACUUUGUUACAAGAGAGGGGGAUGGUCCUCCUGCAGUGGAAGAAGAAGAGGUAUUCCCAUGGAGGCACCUCCUGGAGAGUUCACAGAAAGAUUUGGCAAUUCAGCAGCCUCUUCUCCAAAAUCAAGAGCUGGGAGUUUAAUGACGUUGCCUCCAUGUCUGAGCACCUGAAAUCCUGUCCCUUCAAUGUUGUAGAACACAAGACUGACCCGAUUCUUUUGACCAGCAUGUGUCAGUCCCAUGAACAGGCCCGAGAGACCUUAGUCACCACCUUCAGAGCCAGACCACGAGGAAGACACACCUUACGCUAAAGACUCAGAAGCCACUGUUCUUGGAUUCCUAUUCAGAGUUACUGAAGUUGGACAGAGUGUGAUUUUGAGGACUUUCUUCUGUAAACUGCAAAUGUUCUUAUCUAGGUGUUUUCGAACAUGCAAUGCCCUUCAAAACCUGAGUAGCUGCAUAAGGUGGAAGAAUUUCCUAAGCCAUGGCUUGUAUAAUUGCUAUAGUACCAUACUGAUAACUAAUAGCCUCCCUCCCCCUACUUUUUUUUUCUAAAAUAAAUCCGUCUGUGGAGUAAAUAGGUAACUUGAGGCCAUUUAGAAGAUGAGCCCAAGACCUUAGGAGAUGAGAGAGCCGUGAAAUUCCAUAACCAGCAUAGGCCUGUGCUUUUGUGGAGAACUUUUCAGUUUAUGAGCGCUUUCAAUGAUAUGGGGCAGAGGCAGUAUAGGAAGAGGACUGAGAUGCCUCCCAGGGCACCCAGGGUAAAAACCACAGUCUGAAGUUUCUGGAGCUGGACUUGUCUUGACAGCCAAGUGCAGGGCUUCUUUUAGUUACCCCACUGUCUCUAAGCCCAGACAGUCCAACAGAAUAGAGACCUAGGCUAAGCACAGAAGCCUCAGGGACACCUAAAGUCGAACAGUAAGAGGCAGAAAUGAGGUCACAGAUGAGAUGGUUGUGUAGAAUCCUGGCAACAUAUAGAAGGACAGCCUUGAAAAAUGAGAUGAAUGCAGAGGAGAUACUAUAUGUAUGAAGAAAAUUAGGACAAAAAUUACAGACUGCUUUUGAACAUUUUAAUAGUGACUUAAGAUUGAAGCUUCUUUUCCUCUGAAAAUUCUAUUCUUGGUCUGGAUUAGGGAGAGCCCAGUUAUGGGCCAGCACCACCCUGGGCUAUGUGAAAUGAUCACAAGACACUAACCCCAACUUCAGUGUCUUGCCAGAAGGCUCAGGGUAGCCCAAGGAGACCACGCAUAUGGAAAAGUCAGGCUCACCGUAUGUCCUGUGGUACCAGUCACUAGGUCCUAGACACCACCUGAGUAUACCAUGGGGAAUCUUGAGAAGGAAGACAUCUGAACAUAGUGAUUCCCUGUAAUUGCUCUUACCUCUUGCUGGGCAUGACUUCAUUCUGUGAAAAAUGGGUGAUACUUCUGAUUUUUGGUAACAAAUAGUCAAAACUUAUGAGAACAAAAGUAAAAUAAAAAUACACAAGAGAAACUGGCAUCCCCCAAAGCUGGGUUUCAUGGGACUAUUGACAUUUUAGACUGUAUAAUUCUUUGUCAUAGGGACUGUCCUGUGUGUUAGAGGAUGUUUAGUGACAUCUUUGGCCUCUAUUCAAUAAUACCAGUAGCUCCCCUACUGCUUUAACAACCAAAAAUGUCUCUGGAAAUAUCCUCCAGGAGCAAAAUCACUCUUGUUGAGAACCACUGCCCUAAUGAAUGACACACCAAUGGCAGUAAGUCAGGUAAGCUUUUUAGAACAGCAAAUUCUUACCUCACAUAACCAUCUAUAGUAGUCACGAUUUCAUGCAGCUCUUUAUUUACCAAAUAGAUUUUAGAUGAUUAUAAGUUGGGAACCAAAUGGAGUUAAGUUUGUUUGAUGUGGCUUCAUGUCCCUGGGUCAUGUGCAAAAAAUAUAUCCUAUCAGGUCUCCAGGCAUAGCUGAAGCCAGGAUGGUUGAACUGCUUAUCCUGUGCUUAUAUCCUUCUCACCUUAAUUGAUGCCAUUUUCCUAGCAAUUAUCAGCAAGCAAAGGCAGAGGGAUAAGGAAGAUGGGUACUGUGGAGAAGCAGAGAACAAAGAAUUUAACCAACAACAAUAAAAGAGUCUAAUCGAUAUGAAGGCAUGAGAGCAAGUGCCAGAGCAGACGUACCCUCAUCUUUCAUUUUAAUGUGCCACUUGGUACUAGUCAGUAAUGUAACUCUACUUUUCCUAAUCCUUAUUGUUUGGUUUAUAUUUCACAUUUGUAUAUAACGUGCCAUUUUCUAAAAAUUAUAACUAGAGUGUGAGCUAGGGUUUUAUUCAGUGAAAAUGAGUAAUUGCAACAACUAAACAAUAAAGUGGGGGAAAAAAGGAAGAGUUCUCCAGGGAUCAGUUCCACAUUUUUGGAAUCUAGUCCUUCCUAUAUGAAGAAAGAAAGCUCUGAAAAUCCAUUCCGGGGUUUUAUUUUAUUAGAAAAAGAAAGCAAGGGGGAGCUGUAGCCUAAGGGAGAUGAAAAUCCAGGGCUACUGUGAGCCCGAUGAGAAAUAUAGAGAAAGAAAAAGAGCAGAGGGCUCUUCCUUGACAGUCUGGGCAGCCCAGGGUUCAGGAGGGCAGGCAGAAAUGUGACCGCACCUCUCUAUGGGCCCCACCAUCCAGGUACACUUUACUUUCCCAGUUUCUAUCUAAAGUGCAACAUUGAGCAGAUCAACACCAUCAAACACAUUUUAUAAGGCAUCAAAUUAUAUAUGUAGCAGGAAAUCAGAGUACUACAGGUAUCCACUAGCCUAUACAAAAAAGCACAUUUUAUGGUGACAGGGCAAUUGAAGAAAAAGGAAAGCCUUUUAGAGAGACAGUGAUAUGAUUAAUGGGAUGAAGCUACAGUGAGCAGCAUGAACAGCAAGCAUUAUCUGACAAAAACAAGAUAGCUAGAAAUGGUUUCAGCUUAAGAAUCAGCUAAGGAGAGUGAAAGGGGACUGUGGACCCAAGAAUAAGAACCUAGAUGGGGGAGGUGUCUGUGGGCAGAGCCCUUGAAGAGUAUCACACCAAGAAAUCCAGUCCAAAGUAGGGAUCAGCUGUAUGUGGAGGGUAAGGUCUGUGGAACCCAGGCAGAAAAGAUUAUUGCCUUAAGGACCUGGAAAAGAAGCUUUUGUCUUAUAAUGAAGGAAAAAGUGAAAAUCAAGGUGGAAUUUGGAUGUAGGAAGAAAAUCACUGCCGAAGUAUGUGAUGAUGUCUAAUCAAACUGAAACAAAGAAUGAGAUUGUAAAUAUCUAGUGUGACUUACCUCUAUACCCUGGAAACCCCAAUAUCUCUACAGGCAAAAAUAAAGGCUGUUUUGUACUCUGUCUAA